AUUGGCACAUGGAUGGCUGCAGUAACAGGUACACUGAUAAGCUGCACUGAUGGCUGCUGUGACAGGUACACUGAUGGCUGCGGCUUGGUUCCAGGGGCGGACUGACAACUCAUGGGGCCCCCGGGCAAUAGGGGAUCAUGGGUCCCCUGUGUCCUUGCCCAAACUCAAAAAAGCCUAUGAAAAAGGUACCAGGGGCAUCACAUGGGGUCCCCUACUGACCCCGGGCCCUCGGGCAGUGCCUGAGUUUCCAAAUGGUCAGUCCGCCCCUGCUUGGUUCACACCUACUGGUAAGACUAAGCACGGGUGUUUCUCUGUGCAGGAAAAAAAAUUAACUACG